AUGAGCAACACGGAUCUUCUGUUAGAUGAUUAUCCGACCUUGAAAAAGUCGUGGGUCGAGGAUGUCCUGGAGCAUGAGUAUGGAACGAGGCCAAAAGUGACCUUGGUAGAACCAACUCUUCCGUAUUCACAGAGCUGUCCAAUUUUUCCAGGUAUCUGUUCUGUCAGACUCUGUUCUCGGGUACAUGUCCGUUCUGCGACGAGUCACUCUCAAAUGGGAAGACGACGAGGAUCCGACUGUUGCCACCUACAAAAAUCUACCGAAAUCCGUAGUCAUCAAGGUUUUGUCAAGCCUGUGAAAGUUCCCCAAAGUUUAGUCUCCAGAUCGCUAGUUCUGCGAAGGGGAGCGACGCCAUCAGCAAGGCUUCCAAGUCCGAAGUCGAGGAGGAGCACAUGUCGUUGGUUCAGAAGACGUUUCAUGAGAACGAGUGCAAGUACUACAAUCUUUUCAAAAACGGUGGCUUUUCACUUGGUCAUUCGUAUUGAAAGAGAUUCCUUCUCAGCAGUAAAGCUGCCCAUCAGAAUUCCUAAGAUUUACGCGGCUCUCGAUUCUGACAGCGUCGAAGUUCCGCGGAUUCUAAUGGAGGACCUCCAGGACUGCCACCUCGUCGACCUUACCGAAGGCUUCAACGAAAAACAAGUUCUUUAGUUUUCCUUGUUGUGCAGUAAACUUACAUUUCUGUUUCAGCUUUACGCGAUCGUCGACCAAAUAAUCGCUUUGCACGAGUUUUCCUUCACGACAGUGGAAUGGAAGAAGUUGAAAACAAGUCAAAAAGUGAGUCGGCGAGAGUCAAAUAAACAUGUGAAUAUGUAAUUGAAGCUGAAAAAUGUUCAUCGAAAAUUCUUCGAACAAAUCAGGGGGAUCGCCGUCAACCUCUCAGAACUGCCUCAGCUCAGUAGCAGCAUGAAGGUUUUUUUUUAAUGUAGUUUUUGCCUUGUUAUCGGCUGUUCAGAAAAUAAUCAAAUAGAAGAUCACUAUGUUUUUUGUGAGUUGUCAAGAUUUGGACAGAAAUACUAAAGUCAAUAGUCUUUCAAAUAAGUCAAAACGGAAAUUUUCCGAGAGAAAAGAUCAUUAGUACCCCGCUUUCUUUUCUUUUCUGUGAGUCUGUUAAUGUUAAGAAGGGUUGGAAAACUUUUGAAACUGAAAUACUUCAAAAUAUGGCACAGAAAUUACAGAAAUUUGUCGCGAAUGCUUAUGGAGACAACAACGAGUUUAUGUCUGAAAAUGGAGAAACCUACGAAAAUGGAGGUCUAAAUUUUUUUUCAAAUUCAAGUAACCGAUGGUUGAAGAAAAACUAUCUGUACUCUGUCACGGAGAUCUGUGGGCACCGCAAAUACUCUGGAAAACCGAGACGGAAAUCGGAGCUGUCCUCGACUGGCAAAUCGCCCAUCGCGGUAGCAUAGUCAGUUCUUGUUCUUAUAUCCGAGCUUUUCAUAACCAACUUCAGUCCGAAGAUCUUCUACAUGUCUUGUCGACAUGCACGAGCGCCUCGAACCGAAUCAGGCUUCAGAAACCUUUGCUAGACUACUACUACGCCAACUUGUCCGAGAAGCUGGAAGUCGCUGGGGUCAAGAUCCCGUUUAGUAGAGAACAACUGGAUGUGAUUCAUUCCUCUCAAACACAAUUGAAUAGUGUUGAUUCUUAGGAAGAAUAUAGGUAUGGUAUGCGUGCGGCUGGAAUUCUGACGGUGUUUGCCACGGGAUUUUGGGUCAAUUCACCAGUUUUACAGGUAAAACUUCAAGUUCCAUUUAUAUGGAAAAUUUUUUUUGAUUAAGUUAUCAUCAAAGUUUUCUAGGAAAGAGUUUUCAGACCGAUGGUAAGCCUGAUGAGCAGAAAAUCAACGAAUCUUUUGAUCGCUGUGGUUCCUUCAUAGAAGACGCGAACAAAGCUUGGAGCUGGUAG